CUUCGAGGAGGGAUUGAGAGGCUGCAGCUGGCCAGGAGUUGCUAAUAAGUGGACUCGAGUCGACGGCUCAAAGUCUCCGAGAGGGCACCAGCGGGAUCUAUCUACGAACUGCGGGAACAGGGGCACCAAAACCGAGGAACUCGGGCAUCUUGCGGCUGGUGGGGGGCAUUGGCUGAGUUCAGAGCCUCUCCUUUUCCUGCCCCGAGCCUCCAGCCACUCCUCUACAUUGGAGACCCGCGACCUGCGAGAGCCAGGGAACUCUAGAAGUACGUGGCGGAGGCUGCUUUCCUGAAGGUGAAUCAUUCCGUCCAAUUGCCUUUCCCCAGAGAACAAGAGGGAGGGCGGAGAGAGGGAACGGAGGAUGUGUGAGCGUGUGUGUAUGUGAAAGGAAGAGACGACGUGAGGCGAGAGGAGAAGACUUUACUCGGGGUUAAAAGCCAACGCAUCAGAGAUGGAAUAAGAGCGGUAAUUGCUGCAAGCCCGCCUUGAUUCUCGCAGUCGGGGAAGCUGAGCGCACAGCGCGCAUCCGGCGAGGACAGCGGGCGACCGCCGGCUCUGCCAAGGGCUGCGGGACUUUGGUUUUUUUCCUCAGUAAACAAAUCUUCUGAUUACUUUGACACUGUGGAAUAAAGAGGAGGGGGGAAAAGAAAAGACCAGGCUCAUGUACUCCACCUUCCACUUGCUUUAAGGGGAUUCUAGUUUGGAUGUGAAGAUUCCUGAACCCUCUUUGCCAUCGGAGGAGGAAACACACUCAUACGCGCGCGCGCAUACACACACACACACACACACACACACACGCACACACACGCGCGCUUAGGGCCACACUCACACGCCCUCCACGAGCACACACCACCAGUCUUCGGUUCCCUAUGCCCCUGGAUGGUGACGGCGGAUUGGCAUCUCGGAAGCGAUGCAAGAGCGAUAAGGCUGGCGCCGGCCCGCGGAAACUGCAGGAACAUCUCUAGGUGUUGCCGCCACCGGGAAGCCGGGCUGCAGGAUGAGUAAGAGAUACUUACAGAAAGCAACAAAAGGAAAACUGCUAAUAAUAAUAUUUAUUGUAACCUUGUGGGGGAAAGUCGUAUCCAGUGCAAACCAUCAUAAAGCUCACCAUGUUAAAACGGGAACUUGUGAGGUGGUGGCACUCCACAGAUGCUGUAACAAGAACAAGAUAGAAGAACGGUCACAGACAGUCAAGUGCUCCUGCUUCCCCGGGCAGGUGGCAGGCACCACACGAGCGGCUCCGUCUUGUGUGGAUGCAUCUAUAGUGGAACAGAAAUGGUGGUGUCAUAUGCAGCCAUGUUUGGAGGGAGAGGAAUGUAAAGUUCUUCCAGAUCGGAAAGGAUGGAGCUGUUCUUCUGGGAAUAAAGUGAAAACAACUAGGGUAACCCAUUAACCAAGGAUAAAUCAAGUGAUCCUCCAGUCUGAUUUCAUUGAACAUAUGUGUAGAAAUUUAACUCUUGAGGUGAUCUUGAAGACUUUUAUACUGCUCAGAAGAAGGGCUCCAGAGUCUAUUUCCAAGGAAUUCUAUGACAAGCUACCAGCCUCUUCUAGAUACCAAGACUUUAAAAAUGUCAAACAUGAACUUCUAUGUCAUAAAGACUUCAUCAGAUUUGAACUAUGCUCUACUUGUGAAGUUGCAAAGGGAAUUUGAAGUUGCUGUCUGCAGAGCUGGUGAAGAGUUAGUGGUUUUGGGGUGACAUCACAGUCACCUUUUGGGGUCCUGGAUCCAGCUGUGACUGCUUUGCUCAUUUCUGAAAGCUGUCUCCCAAGUGCACUGUCCUUCUGUCACGGAUGUGUUCCUGGGUUCUUUGUUCACUGGUGAACGGGACUGAACACAGCUUUGAAGACACUUUCUUUGAGAACUUCUUUGGCAUGGCGUAGACUGAGACAAUUUUCUUUGUAUCCUAAUCUUGGAGCUCUAAAAGCCUAUGUGUUUUAACAUCUUAAGGUUGCUUUUGUUAAAGGAAUGGAAAUAUAUACCCAUUGAUAAUAAUUAUUGUUGGCAAGUAAUAGUAAUCUGAGUACAUCAAUCAUGUAAGAAUGUAUAGACAAGCUGACAUGUUCCCCCAAGGCUAACCCACAACUACUCUGUCAGUUAAAUAGCUAGUAGUUAGAACUGGAUCACCAUCUUCAUCAUACAAUACUUUGUACUUCUAAAGCACUCUCCCUUUCUAUUCAUUUUGUUUUGUUUUUAAGUAGACUUUUUCUUUAUUUAUUUUUGUUUAUUUUUUUCCCUUCAGAGAAAUCAGCAGUGAACUGUCAAGGUAUUAUGUAAGCCUUCAGAUUCAAAAACUCACCAGGGAUGCAUGUGCGUUUCUGAAGCUUAGCUUGAACGUUAUUCACUUAGACUUCUGAAUUUUUUUUUCAGAUGGCUUUUCUAUCUCAUUUUUAAAGAUUGUCUCUUGCUUGAUCCCAAUAACUGUUUGAAUGCUUACAUAUUUGUUCACUCUGUUGAUAGAAUAAAUUGUUCAUUUUCCUUGGUCAGAAAUUUAUAAAUAUUUGCUUACAAUUGUUCCAUUCAAAUGAUUUCAUAGGCCAGUAUUCUGUCCACAUUUUCAUGGUCGUUUUAACGUUUGUGAUUUUUCGGUUUUACAGGAACGUCUUAUAAAUAUUUAAAAGCCUUAAACAUUUAUGUACUUUUUUCUAAGUUAUUACAGAAUGUAUAAUUUUAUACUGUAUUUAUUUUGUUCCAUUUGUGAUGUGGAAGAAGGGAAGAAUGGAAAUGGCCUCGCCAUUCUGUCAUAAUGUUGUGUAAACCUAUAGAUUGAAGGAAUGUAAAGGGAGGGAUUUCUGUGUCCUGCUUGUUUUAGACUAAUCAGAAGAUGCUUCAGAAAUUAUCUUAUUAGCAGUUCCAUCCUGUUAAAGAAGGUGUGAAAAUGUUUUGUAAUUUUAGAAUUCAGUGACAAUGGCAAGUUAGGCAUACACUGGUUUCCAUGAGGGAGGCUCAGAUGUCCUGGAGAGCUUUGGUCUGUUAAUUUGUAACAAUAUUCAAAGACCAAUAUAUUAUUCAGACACUUCACUGGAAAGAACAAUUAAAAGAGUUUACAAUUUGUUAAAAUUAAAUUUGAAAAUAUUCUUUUAGCAGUAAACUACAGUCUAUGGCCCCACAAGUAUGGGGAAUGAAAUGACUUCCUGCCUCCAUUUUAACUGUGCUUAAAACUAACCAGAGGGCUCUGAGUGGACUUUACAGUGGUUCGAGACUACAUGAAAUCAUAAAGAAAGAAAUAAUAGUUGUGCUGGAGUUUCUGCAUCAAUUAGAAUAUCAUUAAUUUCUUUAGAACAAAGUGGAAAACUAUAUUAUUUUAGAAAUUAUGAAUUUGUCCUAGGUUCCUUUGAAAUUAUAGCUCAUACUUCGGAAAUUCUGUAUUAUAUACAAGUGUAAUACAUGCAUAUUAAUAGAAAAAAUAAAUGGAAUUUCAAAUAUACUAACUAGAUUAUCCCCAGUAGAUUAAUGUUGUGACUAUUCAGAAAAGGUGAAUAAAAUUGGGAUAUAAAAUGAACUCUCUUUCAUAAGUACAAUUUGGAGAAUCUGUUCUUUUGUUAUACUUUAAAGUCUUGUCAGUUACUAUCCAGGAAAGCCUCUGAAUUCCCAAGGAAGCUGUCAUAAAUUCUUCACUAUUCUUUUCAUAAAAAUCCAUAGCAAGUACUGCCAUUUAUGUAAAGUUUCAAUAUUUGGUUUGCUUCUUUGCUAGGAAACAAUGAAAUGGAUAUAAUUACCUUUGUGCUACUUGUCCAUAACUUGACUAUAAGCA